GUGCGGAGGCGCCGUGACGUGCCCUCGCCGCUGCACUCGGGUUGCUCGUUCUUCGUUCUCUACUUGCGCCGGUCUCAUCCCAGACAGCGGCGGACGCCUCGCACUCUGCCCCUCGAGCCGGGGUCACCUCACCAUGCCCCUCAACGACCUCGUGCGGCAGCGGCUGCAGCCUCUCACCUCGCUCGUUACCUCCAACCGCAUCGUCCUAUACUGUGUGCUGAGCGUCCUACUACUCGUCGGUACCAUCGCCAACGCGUGUCGGAGUUACAGCAAUUUCUAUUCAGUGACGAUUUAUCUGUCCAAGAGCAGUAGGAGUGUAUUGGUUCUAGCCAAUACCGGAGUUCUACUUGCGCUUGGAUCCGGGAGGCUUCUGCAGCAGGUCUUCUUUGGUCCGCUGCAAGCACGCGAAGUCGAGAGGCUUUACGACCAGACAUGGAUAUUCGUCACAGAAUCCCUCCUGGCCUUCACUAUAUUUCGGGACGACUUCGACAUUCCCUUCGUGAUCAUGUUCGGCUUCCUCCUGUUUGUGAAGUGCUUCCACUGGCUCAUGGCUGAUCGUGUGGAAACGAUGGACCAAAUCACGUACCCAGGCCCGCCGCUCUUGUUUCAUAUACGGAUGAACACCCUCUUCGUCCUGCUGUGGGCAGUCGACCUCGUGAUGUUCGCCUUCGCCGUGGAAAGCACCCUGAACCAUGGAGUGAAUGGCAUGGUUUUGUUCGCAAGCGAGUAUGCUAUCCUGAUGGCAAGCGCCUUGAACUCCAUGGCGAGAUACAUCUUGUCCGUCAUCGACUACCGGCGAGCGCGUGCCCGAGGAGGCGAGAAUGCGCCCCCGAUGGAGAACAAGAGCAUGUACAUCUUCUAUAUUGAGCUAUUCACAGACUUCCUCAAGCUCAUCACCUACCUGACGUUCUUCAUGCUCAUCAUGACCUUCUACGGCCUCCCUCUGAACAUCAUCCGCGAUGUCUAUCUUACCGCGCGGUCGUUCAUCACCCGUCUGCGUGCUCUCAUCCGGUAUCACAACGCCACCCGGGACAUGGAUCGUCGGUACCCGGACGCGACAGAAGCAGAGCUGUCUGAGAUGUCCGAUCGGACGUGCAUCAUCUGCCGCGAAGAGAUGUACUCCCGCAAUGCCCAGCCGCAAGCAGGCGAGGCAAAUGCCGAGGGUCAGGCGCCCACCUAUGCCGAUGGGCCCAACAUGACUGCGAAGAAACUCCCUUGUGGACACAUUUUCCAUUUCCAGUGCCUCCGUUCGUGGUUAGAACGCCAGCAAAGUUGCCCGACCUGUCGUCGCACAGUUCUGGAAACAAAUGAUCAAAACCAAAACCAAGCUCAGGCGGGAGGCCGUCAGGCCGGAGCUCGUCCUGUGGCCCCUCAGGCUGGCGCAGUCCCCCAGGCAGGCCAGGCACCAGCUGGAGUCGCUAUGGGAUGGCUGAACAAUUUGCUCGGUGUCCCGCCGCCCGGGGCUGCCGCACAAGGUCACUUCGGCAACAUGCAGGGGGUGCCGCCAGGCCCCGCGCCAGGCCAACCUCAGCCACAGAACUUUGGCUGGCCACCUGCUCAGCCUCCGCUGUAUUAUCAGCUACCACCGAAUCCACAUCUACCGCCAGCUCAGCCGGUGCCGCCUUUCAGGGGAUUCUAUGGGCCAGGUGGUGUUUGGCAGGCUUGGGGCGUCGAUCCAAGGUGGUUUGGUAACGGUCCGCAGCAACCUGCUCCAGCACAAGCACCCGCUCAGCCGGCGAAUACCUCGUCGAAUGAACCAACUGGCCCUUCGGCCGACCACCGCCCGGCCACUCAAGCCGACUCGACAAGAGGUGACGCGCCGCCACCGACACCCACUACCAGCUCUGACGCCGGUCAGCCGUCCGGGUCAACACCGAGGGAUGCAGCAGCGCAGGCGGCACUCCGUAGAACGGGGCUCGCGCCUCCAAAUCCGACUACAUUUGAUGCGAAUCCGUCGCAUGCCUCCACAUCUGCGGCGAGCGCUACACCGCCUGUGCCUGCAGCGGAUGCUCCAUCUGGUCAAGGCGAGGGCUCAAGGCGCGAUCUCAACCAGGCUGGCGACGGCCGCCGGAACAUACCGUCCUUGAUCCCACUGUACGAUCUGUUUUCGCGCUCGCCUCCUCACCUAGCGGCGUACACGCCAUAUGGCAACCAGCACCGCAGCCCGUUGCAAGCUCAAUCGCAGGCAGCCAAUUCGCGAUUGUCAUCGCAAAUUCACCAGGGCGCGCGCUCCUCGGGUUCGACGGCGUCUACCCACACACCGCUCGCGCAGCUCCCAGCGACACUCACAGAACAACAGCUCGCGCGGCUCGACCACGUCACGCGUGAGGCCAUUGACGAACGCCUGCGCGUUUUGGAGGGUGUCUCGGGCGUCGUGUACCGGUGUAUCGAAGAGCUGACACGCGUCCGGAGUGUCCUGCCUGCGCCUGCGCACGCCGGACCUGCCAGCGCGAGCGCGAGCGGACAGGCGCAAGCGCAGGAGCGCCCGGCUGCGGCCCCGACGACUGAGACAGCACCGCGCGAAGGCUCUUCAUUCCUCAGGCGACAGCAUGACGCGGUCGCGGGUAGCUCGAACGGUGCGGCGUCGGCGCCUGCGGUCGGACCCGCCCAAACACCAGCGCCCGCUGGCUCCGAGUCGAGCACACUGUCAUAGGCAUCCAGCGGGAAUGAUGACAGUCUGCAUAAGCUCUCCUGGCAUAUUGAUCCGUUCCGUGUAAACUCCGGACUGUCCGUUCUCGAUUUGUUGUGUCU